GCGAGUAACGGCAUAUGAGCGCUCGCAGAGAAAUCGCUAAUCACGCACGGCGGACGACAAAAGCCCAAAGAAGAACAGAGGCAGAGGAGGAAAAAAUAGCAGAAAAAUAGCAGAAAAAGAGCAGAAAUCAAGCCAGAUUGCCAAAAAGUUGGGCAGUUAAAUUAAUAAAAAAAAAAUUGCCGAGUGCCAGAUCGCCGCAAAGUGGGCUACGUUUAUUUUUUUGACCAGUUAUUUUCGAGUGAACAGUGAAAAGACGUGGAAAACUGUAAAAACAGAAUCCUAAAGGAAAAGCUGUGGAAAAGCAAUGCAACAACAGGCAGAGCAACAACAACAGCAACCAGAGCAGCAGCAGCAACAACAAAGAGUGUAGUGGGUCGCACGCGCGACUUGUGUGUGUGAAUAAUGAAGAAGAAGCAGAAACAACAACAGCAGCAGCAGCAGCAGCAGCAGCAGAGGCAGAGCAAGGCGCCAUCUGAGGCGGAAUCGGAGGCAGACCGCCCCGCCAGCAACAGCAGCAACAACCAUUCGCGUCGCAGCAGCGCCAGCAACAACAACAAAUAGCAAAAACUGAGCAGCGUUCGGCAAAGCGCAGCAACAGCAACAAAGGCAACACUGAAAAUAACAACGGCAGCAGCAGCAGCAGCAGCAACAACACAAAUUGCAACUGCAACGGCAGCAACAACCAAGCGGCGACAGGCGGUAAACAGCAGCAGCAGCAGCGGCAGCAGCGGCGGUAGCAACAACAACAACAACAACAAUAGCAACAGCGGCAGGCACAGCAACAGCAACAGCAACAAGCGCUGCAGUCGCAGUCGCAGCAGCAGCUGCAGUAGCAGCAGCAGCAGCAGCAGCAGCAGCAGCAACGCUAGCGUCGGCAGCGACGCCAGCAGCAUGUCCAAGACCAGCAGCGGUAUUCCAAAUGCAGCAGCAACACAAGCAGCAGCAGUAGCUGCCGCAGCCGCCGCCGCCGCCGCAGCAGCAGCAGCAGCAGCAAGUGCAACAAAUGCCGCCAAUGCCACCGAUUUUAGUGCGUUCGACUUUAACGAUAGUUCCGAUAACUCCGACACGCCCCUGGUGCCACGCCCACCCUUCCUGAGCCGCGCCGCUGCAGCGGCCGCAGCCGCAGCCGCCCUCACCAACAUCAGCAACAAUUCGGCGGGCUCGGCGGUCACCCCCAGUCCCAACGCCUCCGUGGGGACAUUCCGCUCAUCGCCAGCCGGGGGCGAGGAGGAGGACGAGGACGAGGAGGAUGACGACGAGGAGGACGAGGAGGAGGAGGAGGAGCACCAGCAGCAGCAGCAGCAGCAGCAACAACAGCAGCAGCAGCAACAGCAGCAACUUGCGGCCGAGCAGCAGCAGCGAGCGGCGGCAGCGGCGGCCGUAGUGGCAGCGGCGGUCAGUGCGCUGCACAACGGCAACAAGCAGCAGCACUACAACAACAACAACAACAAUAACAAUGGCAACAGCAAGUCGAGGGAUCGCGACGAUCACCUGCAGGCACAGCAGCAGUCGCAGCAGUCGCAGCAGCCGCAGGACGACGAGGACGAGGACGAGGACUACGACGAGGACGAGGAGGAGGACGAGGAGGAGCAGCACCAGCAGCAGCAGCAGCAGCAGCAUCAGCAGGGCAACGGGCAUGACCUCACGCCCACGGACCUGCGACAUGUGCUGCCCAGCAGCAACCACGAUCAGCAGCAGCAGCAACAUCAGCAGCAGCAGCAGCAGCAGCAGCAACAGGAGCCCGCUGCCUACGAUGACGAGGACGAGGAGGAGGACGAGGACGACGAGGAUGAGGACGAGGUGGCCAGCAGCCACCUGGACAGCCGCGCCACCCUCUCCUCCGCCCACCUGAACAGCAGCGCUGCCGCCGAGAGCAGCGGCCUCCAUAUGGCAGCGGCAGCGGCGGCAGCAGCAGCGGCGGCGGCGGCAGCGGCUGCCUCGGCGGCCAAGCUCAGUGCCCAGCUGGAGCAGCAGCAGCAGCAGCAGCAGAGUGCCAGUGCCCUGGACAUGGCCACGCCCAUUGCCCCGCCCCCGCCCAGUAGCCUGCUGGGCGGCAACAGCAACACCAGCUUCUCCACCAACAACAACAGCAACCACGCCCUCAGCUCCACGCACGGCAGCCUGGGGGCGGGCGGUCAGGGCACGAAUUGCAGCAACGAUCUGCUGGCCGGCGGCGGCGGCAACUCCCGCGGAGGUUCCUCCCUGGGCAUGGCCAUGAACGCUGCCUCGCUGCAGCAGCAGCAGCAGCAACAUCAGCAACAGCAGCAGCAGCAGCAACAGCAGCAACAUGGCGGCGGCAGCGGGGCAAGCGGCGGCAGCAGCAGCGCGGCCAGCGAGCGGCGGAAGUACCGCCACCAGAACUACAGCAAGAACAUCUACAUCGGCACCAAGAACGCCGAGAAGUGGGAGCACAUGCGCACCCGGCUGCAGUUCAAGAACGACGUGGAGUUCGUCGCCUACCUGCUCAACCUGGCGGACAACGACACGGAUCGGCUGAACAACCUGCCCCCGCCCUCGCCGGCGAACACGCCCACGAAAGGCUUCGACGGCAACUUCAAGCUGGAGCCCAAUCUCAGCGCCAAGGACUUUGCCGCCCCGCCCGAGUCCUCGAUCAAUGGCAACGCCAGCGGAAAUGGCAACACGAGCGGAAACGGAAACGGCGACUCCACCUCGGCCGCCUCCAUGCCCAUGGCCACGCCCACAGCGCCGCAGCGCAAGCGCUACAAAAAGCGAGUGCAGUUCAGCUCCGAGGCGCUGAACGGCUUCGCCGGCAAGGGCAAGGGAUCGGCAGCGGGCUCCGGAGGAGCAAGUGCAGCGGGACCUGGUUUCAGCUAUGCCAAGUCCAAGAAGCAGGAGGCCAAGGCGGCGACGGCGGCCCUGAAGGCCGGAGCAGCUGCAGCAGCGGCAGCGGCGGCCGCCGCCUCCAGCGCCCUGCCCGAGGUCCUGGACUGCCGCAUCGCGGAGAAGAUCAAGAGCGAACUGGAGGCCAACAGCAAGGAGUCCCUGCCCAAUGCCCUGUGCCUCAAGAAGGCAGCGGCGGCCGCGGCUGCGGCGGCGGCAGCAGCAGCCGCGGCCAAUGGCAGCGAGGAGGAGGACGAGGACGAGGAUCAGCCGCCCCAUCCCCACCUGCUGCCCGUGCUGGCGCCCUCCGAUGCCGUCGACGGCAUCACCGCCAGCAAUGGCCAGGCGGGCAACUUCCAUGUGCGCUCCAAGUCGCAGGGCUCCAAGAAAUCCCAGGCGGCCAAGGCGGCGGCAGCGGCGGCGGCUGCGGCAGCGGCAGCGGCGGCCAUGAUGCCGCCCAACUCCUACGACGAGCACGAGGAUGAGCCCGGCGGCGUCGGCGGCGGUGGCCUCGGUGGACCCGAGGAGGACGACGAGGAGGACGAGGAACUGGACGAGGAGGCGCUGGCCCGCGAAAUGAAGAUGGAGCAGAACUUCGUGGAGGAGGAGGACGAGCACGACAUCGCCUUCCGGUCGCAUCAAUCCUGCCGCGAAUGCUCCAUUGCCCACGACCACAAGCUGUGCCCGCUGCGCAAUGCCUGCGGCAACGUGACGGACGCAGUGGAUCUGGGCGAGUGGAUCGAGCGACGCAACCUGGAGGCCCUGGCCAAGCUGAAGGCCGAUGCCCAGCGGCAGGCGAAGCGGGCCAGCGGCCGGCAGCGGCACGAGGACGACGACAUGGAGGAUAUGGAGGACAUGGACAUGGACAUGGACGAGUCGUCGCAGCUGUCGGAGCUGGAGACCAAGCCGCUGAUCACCUUCGCCGAGGCCUCGGUGCCGGCGGAGUUCGAGCUGCACAACGUGGAGCCCAAUGUGACGGGGGUCUUCGCCCGCACCGAGGUGCGGGCCUUCACCAAGCUGGGACCGCUCAUUGGCCAGCCGGUGCAGACCGGCGAGGUGCGCGAGGGCAGCGACAUGAAGUGGAUCUUCGAGAUGUGCGAGGCCGGGGCGGACAAGUCGUAUCUGCUGUGCUGCGACAACCCCAACGCCUCGAACUGGCUGAGGUUCGUCCGACCCGCUCCCAGCUACGAGGAUCGCAACGUCAACCUGGUGUCCAUCGACCGGCAGGCGUACUUCGUCAGCUGCCGCGACCUGAGGAACGGCAUGGAGCUUCUCUACUGGAGCGACGACUGCAACACCAUGUGGCGCAAGAAGCACACGGAGAAGACGAACUGCGGCGGCUGCAACCUGAAGUUCGAGCACCCCCUGUACUACCGCACCCACUGCUCCGUCUUCCACGACCCCUCGAUGAGCCUGACCAUCCGCAAGUACCACUGCAAGGUGUGCGGCGAGCCGGUGCUGGGCAAGGACAACAUCAUGAAGCACGCGGCGGAGAAGCACGACGGCAAGGGGGCGUACCAGUGCCAGUUCUGCAGCAAGUUCUUCCUGCGGCUCAACUACCUGGAGAUGCACCGCACCUACGGCUGCGCCUCGAAUCCGAAUCGAUCGCGGCCCGUCUGCGACUUCUGCGGCCGCAAGUUCUGCCAGCCGCAGAAGCUGAAGGCGCACAUCAAGCGCAUGCACAGCGAUAUGGCUGAAGUUUUACGAGAUUUUCAGUGUAAAUUAUGUUCAAAACUUCUAGGAUCGCGAGCGGCACUGCAGCGCCACUCGAAGGAGGUGCACAGCCGCAACUCGACGGUGGUGAGCUGUCCGCGGUGCCAGAAACUCUUCCAGAAUCGCAGCAAUCUCAAGAUCCACAUGCUGACCCACUCGGGCGUGAGGCCGUUCAAAUGCGCCGAACCGGAGUGCAAUGCGGCGUUCACCACCAAGCAGUGCCUGCAGUUCCACUACAAGAAGGUGCACAACUACACCCAGGAGCAGAUGCCCAAGAUCGAGCGGAGCGUGGCCUAUACCUUCGAUGCCUACUCGGGCGGCAUGAAGGUGGACUUUCUGGGUAAGCAGACGGCGACGGCGACGGCCACGGCCACGCAGCCACGCCCUAAUGCGGCCGUCGUCUCCCCCUCCUCGUUCACAGAGCAAGCCCCGCGCCGGCGGCGCAAGAGCCUCGAGGACCAGAGCUCCAUGCUCAGCGGCUCGCUGCAGAGCGACGCGGAGUUCAGCGACGACAACCUGUUCGAGGCGAUCAAGAAGAGCGGCAAGUCGAUCAAGGACCUGUGUCGCAACGAGCCGAAUCUCUCGCUGCUCAGCUCCAAGAUCUCCAGCAUUUUCGGCGACAAGGUGCCCUCGGCGGCGGCCUCGCUGUCCGCCUCCGUUUCCGGUGCCGCCGCCGCCGCCUCCGGCGGUCGCAAGCGGAAGCGCAAGAAGGAGCUCAGCGCGGCGGCCCAGCAGCAGCAGCAGCAGCACCAUCAUCAUCACCACAGCCACCAGCAGCAGCAGCAACACCAGCAACAGCAGCAACAACAGCAGCAGCAGCAACAGCAGCAGCACCAGCAGCAGCAACACGCCCAGCAGCUGCAGCACCAGCAGCUGCAGCAGCAGCACGUGCAGCAGCAGCAACACCAGCAGCAGCAACACCACCACCACCAGCAACACCAGCAGCUGCAUCACGAUCCGCAGCAACAGCAUCCGCAGUACCACCCGCACCAGCUGCACGCCCACGCCCUGCCCCACCAGCAGCAGCAGCAACAGCAGCAGCAACAGCAGCAGCAGCAACAGCAACAGCAGCAGCUCCACGGCGAUCCCGACGACGAGGAGGUGGAGAACGCGCGGCUGGAGCAGGUGCGGCGCAAGCAGAACGCCCAGCUGAGCCUGGUGGAGUCCUUCCUGACCACCACCGCCCAGCGGCUGAGUGCCCAGCAGCAGGUGCAACAAGUGGUGGCCGCGGCGGCAGCCGUCUCGGCCAUGGCCGGCGCUGGCGAGGAUCCCGCCAAGCUGGGCCACAUGAUGGGUCACAUGGGCGUGGGCGUGGGCAUGGACGAGGAGGAGGACGAUGACGAGGACGACGAGGAUGGCGGCGGAGGCGGCGGCGCUGGCGGUGGCGGCGGCGGCUCUUCGGUGCACUCGCAUGUCCAUGCCCACCAGGCGGCCCACCACUCCCAUGUCCAUGCGCACGCCCACCCGCACCACGCCCACUCGCACUCGCACGCCCACCCGCACCAGCAUCCCGCCGCCCAGGGGGCGGGGCAGCAGGACUACCGCCAUGCGGCCGCCAUGAACGCGGCCCUCGGCCAGAAUCUGGUGGUCAGCAAGGGCAGCAAGAAGUGGAUCCAGGAGGUGCAGGACUCCAGCGAGGUCGGCGGCGAGGGAGCGGGCGGCGGCGGCGGCGGCAGUGGUGGACCCGGUGACAGCGGCGCCUGCAGUCAGCUGGUGGCCGGCGGCUCCGGUCCAGGCUCGGAUCUGGGUUUCGCCGUGCCGCCCAGUGCCGUGGAUGAGCACAGCAAGCUGCUCGGCCAGAAUCGCGACUUCCUGGCGCGGCUCAUGAGCAGUGCCAGCGCCAGCCAUGCCCAUGCCCACGCCCAUGCUCACGCCCACGCCCAUGCCCAUGCGCACGCCCACCAGACGCAUCAGCCGCUGCAGCAGCACCAGCACAGCGCCCACAGUCGCGAGGAGGACGAGAACAGCUCCUUCCUGGACGUCGUCGAGUCCAACAACAAUGCGGCCGCCGCCGCCGCUGCAGCCGCCGCAGCUGCAGCGGCCAUGUCGCACUAUGGCGGCGGUGCGGGCGGCGGCGGCGGAGGUGGAGGCGGCGGCAGCGGUGGCAGUGGGGGCGGCGGCAGUGGCGGACAAACGCCCACGGGCCCGGCGACGGGCGGCACCGUUUCCGGCGCCGACGAGCCCCAGAUGCAGAUGAACUCCCUGGCCCACUCGCAGUCCUUCAUGAGCUCCUUCUACAACAACGCCAACGCCCGCGUGGGCGGAGUGGGCGGCGUGGGCGUGGGCGGCGGCUCCUCCUCGGCCAGCAUGCUCGUGGAGGCGGCCCUCAACUCCGUGGGCAACAUGAUCGACAGCGAGAGCAGCGACCUCAAGGUUCCCACCGACAACCACAUAAACAGCGACAGUCCGAUGAGCGCCCACGUGGACCCCGAGUCGCAGCGCUUUGGAGCGGGCAGUGCCGGCGGAGCGGGAGGAGGAGGAGGUGGCGGCGGAGGAGGUGGCUCCAGCGGAGGAUCCUCGGGCGGGGCGAACGGAGCGGGGAUCGGCGGGGCCAUGGACAACCUGGAGAACGAGCUGAAGAUGAUGAAGAACCUGGGCAGCUUCCCGAUGCAGAUUCCACCGCUGCCCAUGUUCCAGGGCGCCUGCAACAUAUCGCCCAGCGCCUCGACGCCGACGAAUCCGCAGAGCAACCAGAACCAGAACGACGUGGAUGUGGAUGCGGGCAGCACGCCGCGUCCACAGCAUCCGGACUCCGAUGGCUUCUCCUCGUCGCACCAUCGAACUCCGCCCUCGCCGCCGCCCAUUUCGCCGGGUCGCGACUACGGCGGCAUGUUUGGCGCGGGCAAUGGAGGAGGCGCUGGCCCCGGAUCGAACAGCACACCGGCGGGCAGCUCCAGCGGCGGCGGCGGAGGAGGCGGUGGCCCCGGUGGCGGCGGGGCGAACAGCAUGUCCGCCUCGUCGCCGCUGCCCGCCCUCCAGCCGCAGCGGAGGAACGCGUCCAGCGUGGGCAGCACCUAUCCGGAGCACGAGCUCAUCUCGCCCGCCUCCUCGCCGAGCAUUCCGCGCUACAACUUCAACGGCGACAUGAUGCGCCACAAGCGGGCCGUCCAGGAGCAGGAGCACCAGGAGCGCCAGCGGCAGAACAUCUCGCGCCACAACCAGAUGUCCAGCGACGAGGAGAACAGCAUCAUGCCCCAGAACAGCAGCGCCGGCCAGGACAUGCGCAUGAAGUUCCCCCAGUCGCAGAUCGACCUCAUGUACUCCAAGUACGAGAGCAUGGCCAGCAACCUGAAGUACAACAGCCAGGAGCUGGACUCGCCGGCGGAGUACCGCCAGGCGGGCGGCGGCAACGGCGGCAAUGCGGCGGUCAGCGCGGCGGCGGCGGCGGCAGCGGCGGCCAGUGCCGCCAACGACCUAUCCGACCUGCAGGGCCUGGACAUGAGCUCCAGAUCGAAUGCGGCCAGCAGCAACUACCACCACAACUUCCAGUUGCCGAGCAGCCGGUACCACCAUCACAUCUACGACAUCCUCUCGGAUCGCGAGCAGCAGAGCCAGCAGGCCCAGCAGACGGGUGGCUCCGUUGUGGGUGGUGGCGGCGGAGGCGGUGGCGGCGGUCCCGGAGGGGCCUCCUCGGUGGUGCACCAGCAGGAGCACGGCCAUGGGCAGCACCAUGCGAUGCAGCAGCACCAGCAGUCGGCGGCCGCCAUGCACAACAUGCUUAGCGAGCAGCUGGGCGAGCAGGAGCACGACCAGACCACCUCGGUGGACCUCAGCCGGACGGCCAACUAUGUGGUCUCGUCGCCGCCCCAGCUGCCCUACAACCAUCCCACGCACCACGACAUGCUGCGCAUGGCCUCGCUGGAUCUCACGCCCAACACGGCCAACAUGGCGGUGGGCAACAACCGAUCCUUCCUCUCCUCGCAGAUGCAGCACCAGAGCCGCGAGAGCCUGGAGCACCAUCGCCUGCUGUCCACGGUGGAGCAGCACCGCAUCCUGGCGGCCUCGAAUGCAGCGGAUCAGCAUCGCCUCCUGGUGGAUCCCACCGCCCAUCUGCUGAUGGAGCAGAACAACCGGCUGCUGGGCACGGCGGAUCAGUCGCGUCUCCUGGGCGAAUCGGCGGCGGCGGCUGCCCAGAAUCGCCACAUGGCCCGCAGCUUUGGGGCCUAUCACCAGGUGGCCUCCAGCAACUACCAUCCGGGCGUGAGACCACCGCCCGUCCUGCCCUCCGCCAACCACCACGCCUCCAAUCCGUCGAACUACCACCCCUUUCCCGCCUACUACUAAGGGGUUGGGGGGAGGAGGAGGGGAUGCGGAUGCAGUCGGGAUAAAGUGCACUUUGUGGGUUCCAACUGGAGGACAACCAGAAUCGAGUAGCCUAAUUUAAUUUAAAGUUUAGUUUCCCCGAGAUAUCCCCUUCAGUUGAUGCAGAUUCCAAAGAAUAUCCAUUCAUAAUUUUCACUAAAAAAUAUUAAAGGGCUCGUUAAAUAACAUUUUAAAAAUUAAACUAAAAAAAAAACAAUUAAAAAAGUAAAAUUAAAGCUUACUUAGAUUUUUAAUGCAAAUUUUAAAAAUUCUUAGUUGGCGAAUAUACAUUUUUUAAAUAUUUUAAGAGUUAUGUAAAUGUUUAAAAUUUGUCAAUCUUGAAAAUCAUUUGAAAAAGUGACAUUCGUAGUUGAUAUUUUUCAAAUUGAUGAUCAUUUUUACAUAAAAAUAUUUGGAAAUAUUGAAAUUUUUAAAAUCUAUAUUAUUUCUCAUAUUUAAUAUUUCCCAGUUUCAGCACUCCAAAACAUUUUUUAAAAAUAUACAAAUGAAAACAUUUGGAAAUAUGAAAAUUAUAAAAUAUCAAUAUUUCAUUUUAAAAACAUUUAUUUUUAAGUUAAAAAUUUUUCAGUAUUUCAAAAAUUUUAAGAAUAUUUAAAAACGUACAACAAACUGCGAUUCUUUGGAAAACUGCACUCAAUUUUUUUUUUUGGAAUCCCACACGACCUACUGAACCCUCUGAAACUAAAUUAAAAUUUCGAAUUUUGAUUUCGAAAUGUGUGCCAAUACGUCUAAGUGUAAAUUUUGAUUUGCUUCUCUGACAUUCGACGGCUGGCAGAUCGGCAGAUCGAUUUUGUAUUUGUACACAAUAAUAUUAAAUAUGUAUAGUUGUAUAGGAAGCAUAAUUAUAAUAAAUCUAUAUAUAUAUAUAAAAAGAGAUGUGCGAGAAACCCGGAAAUGAGUGCGACAGAAGACAUAGAGAACGAUAAAAACAUAAGCCUGAUGCGAACAUUUUUUUAAACGCGAAUUCGCCGCUGAGUUUGGAUAGAAAAAGGUAAAUGAUAUAGGGAACGAUGUUGAUAAUAAUAUUUUUACACCAAGUGAAAAUAAAUGCAUAUAAACGAGUACAAAGUGUUAGAAGAGGAUGAAAAUUCCAAACAAAAAAAUCACCCAGAUUCGGCUUUCCCAUGAAACCAGAUCCCAACUUCUACAACUUCUUCGGCUUUUCCCCGAUCCCCCAGAUGCAAAAUGCAAACUCAGCGAUCCCAAAGAGAAGAGUACAGGCACAACAAGAUGCACACUACAUAUAUGUAAAGCAGAUAUAGAUAUAUGAACGCGACCGAUCAGGAACUUAGCUCAAGCAUCUUAACACUUAGCGGAACGAGUCCGAAACUUCGAAGUCUUUUUUUUAUACCAUUUAAUUAUAAAUAAUGCGUAUCCAGUAUGGUAUAGGGGCUAUAUAUCGAUAUAAACUACCCGCAACUGUACUAAAUGGUAUCUGUAUAACUAAGUUAUGGUUUAAUGUAAAUUAUUAAAUUUAUAUAAGAGUGCAGAGGGCGAUAAAGGAGAGGAAAUACCGCAUAAUGAAACGAGAUAAACACCACAUACCAAAAAAAAAAUAUAUAUAUAAUACAAAAAUAAGUAUAAAAAAAAAACAAAAACAUGAUAAUAAAUAAUAACACACACACACACACACCCACACACUGAGAGAAAAGGGGAGAGAGAUCGCUGAUCCACAUGAUAUGUAUACAUCUAUAUAUAUGCAUAUGGCGUAAUCAAAUUAUCGAUUAUUAAUAAACCGUAAAUCGAACAAUUAUUUGAAAGGAAACCAAACUGCCCGGCU